UAUUCUCUCGUUUCAGGUGUCAAAAGAUCAAACGAGCCAGUUGGUUGAUUGAAUUGAGAGUGUUUGGUUGUGAUAUUACGCAAUCUAAGAUCUGCGGCAUCCGCACAGUGUUGCCAGCAAAGUUUAUGGAUUGGUGUAUUUGAUUCGUCAAAUCGGCUUACGCAACAUUAAAAAAGACCUAAAAUCAACGCAAGUCAGCAACUAAACAAAUCGACAACAACAUUGUGGCAUGAAAAGGAGCUUAUCAGUCACUCCUCUCCACCUACGCUCAAAUUAGUCGUAUUAUUAUUUGUGUUUGUGUGUGUGCCAUAAAAAGAAAAAGAAAAGCUCCUGUGAACGCGUCCAGAAAGAAGACAAACUACAAAACCACAAUGAAUAAAUCAUCUUGAUCUCAAAAUCCUAGCAAGUACAACUAAACUUAGUCUACAAGAGGGAGAGCUUGUUAGUUACUCGAAACAUAAAACUUGCUGCCAGAUUAACAACGGUACCACCAAAAGAUUGUUACGAACAACAACCCUAUUGGUCCAGCUUCGGAGCGACUUUCCUAGGAGUUGAGGGGCCAAGACUGAGUGAAGAAGGACAGUUCCUUCUUAUCCUCUAGUUUAAUUCCAAGUCGAAAAAAAAAAACAAAAACACACAUCCACAAAAUGGUUGACUACUACAAAACGCUGGACGUCGCCCGGACGGCAUCGGAAGCCGAAAUCAAAAAAGCAUACAAAAAGCUAGCCCUACGAUGGCAUCCAGACAAAAAUCCCGAUAAUCCAGAGGAGUCCAACCGGCGGUUCAAGGAGAUCUCAGAGGCGUACGAGGUGCUAUCAGACGCUUACAAGCGGCACAUUUACGACAACCGAAGCAGCAGCAGCAACGCCCGGAGGAGCACCUUCUCUAGCAGUUUCGGAACCGGAAGUGGCCGGGGAACCGGAGGCUACAGCACCAAUCGAGAUUACAGCAGCAGCAAGUAUGGCGGUGGCCAUUAUGAUUUCGGCAGCACCUUCGAUUCCUACUUUGGAAGUGGAGGUGGUCGAUAUGGUGGUGCCAAUAGCAGGUCUUCCGGUUCCGCUGGAUCACAUCAUCACCACGGACAUGGCGGCGGCCGUACGUUUUCGUUCCGGGGAUUUUUCGAAACGACACCGUUUUUCCGCUUUUUUGAGAAAAAACGCCGCAUCUACGACCAGUACGGCAAGGAAGGUCUGAUCAACAAUGGCUCGGCCGGAUAUCACCAGGGCACCCGUCACAGGCGGCACAACGGAAGCAGCGGUGGCAUCCACGACGACUUCGACAUCUUCGGCGGGUUCCCGUUCACGUUCCGCGAUCCGGAGGAAGUGUUUAGGGAGUUCUUCGGUGGCUCGCCGUUUGAAGAGAUCUUUAGGGUAACGUCACACCAUCACAACGGGCAUCAGCGGCGAGCGAAUGGGGCCGGCAAUGGUCAGAGGCAUUCGCACCCCCAGAACCUGAUCAGUUCCCCGUUCAUGUCGCCCUUCAUGAGCUUCAACCUGAUGGAUGAGUUCUUCAAUGCGGAUCCGAUGAGCCAUCACCACCGGGGGGGAGGUGUCGGUGGCGGAGGCGGUGGCGGAUUCACCUCGAUAUCGGAGUUCAGCAUGGGCGGCGGUCCGGUCAAGCGGACGUCCACCUCCACCACCUUCGUCAACGGGAAGAAGCUGAUGACGAAAAAGGUGUUCGAGAAUGGAACGGAGACGAUAAUGUCGUACGAGAACGAUGUACUAAAAUCAAAGACUGUGAACGGAGUCGCUCAAGCUAUUUCCAGUUAUAACCACUAAGGCUUAACUACUAUUAGAAGUUUAAUGAUAACAAAUAAUGAUUCAUUAAUCAAGUAAACAAACAAGAAGAAGGAAGGAAACCUAAUCACAUCAACAACAACAACUAGAAACACCUAUAUCAUCACCGUUCGUUCGUUCAUUUAAGAGUGUGUGCUCUUGUGCUGCAGUCGUUGAGCUGUAAUGUUUGCUCUCAUAUGUCGGAUAAGGAAAGCGCAAAAGGCAGGAAAACGAAGGCUGCCGAGAGAUGGUGAAAAGGGAGAAAAUUUUAACAGAUUUCCUGCAACCCACCUCUACUUGCUUAAGACAAUUCCCUGGAAAAGCAAGUUUCCUGGAAUUUAUCAAACAGCAAGCAACAACGUCUACAAAAUACACACUUAAACACAUCUACACCCUCACACACAAACGGAUACAAAAGCGUAAACACACCUACACAUCUAGUGAAUUAGUGAUUCUAGCGUUAACUAUUACCAGACCGAAAAAAAAUUAGGAAGGCAACCCAUCAUCGAGGGACGAAGAAGAACUGAGUAGAAACCCCGGGCGGAAAUUGAGGAGCUUUUCUAUCUACGAGCUGAGGAAAGAAGGCAAAAGCAUAAUCAAGAAGCGUGAUAUAUAUUUUUAAUUUCAUUGCGAAAACGCGAAAAACGGAGAACUAUUUUUGUUAGGAAGCAUUACAUACAUUCAAUGUUCAGAAAAACUGACCGAAGUUAUCAGCAAACCAAAAGAAGAAUAAAAAAAAGCCCAAAUAUAAGCACACAUCGGAAAAUCGUUACACCAAAUAAAUAUGAUAAUGAUAAAAAACAAAAUCAAAAUGCUGCAAACAUACCACAUUACACAGAAGCAAAUUUUCUCACGUACUCACUCAGAUAAAACGGCAAACGAAUCAAAUCGUAAAUACGCAAGUUUUGAACCAAUAACAAACGUAAAGCUACUACUAGAAGAGAAUCAUUUGUAAACUAGGAAAUAGAUUUAACAUUAAAAAAAAACCCGAACAGAGCAAAACAAAAAUUUAACCUACAAUGAAAUAGACAAAAUACCAACUUACUUACUGUAACAUAAAUCGACAAAAGAGCAAAUAAAUAGUCGCCCCUAUUAAGAAAACGGAAUAAAGUACAGUUUCCGACCUUCGACAAUUAUGAAAUGCUAAAAAGCACCCCACAAAUCUGAUCGAUCAGUUUACAGACAAAGGUUUCAUUUUAAAGUUUUAGGGAUUAGCAUCGGACUUGGUUUACAUUUGGCUUAGUACCUAUUUACCUAAUCGCUAGUGAAUUUAAAAAAAAAAAGGGAAUCCCAAAAGCGAGAACAACCAGCAAAUGUUUUUCAUUUUUCGAAUCACAUUUUUGUUGACGAGCGUUUUUGUUUCCUCGCAAUCCUAAUGCAACUUUCAUCUUCUCUUCCUAGAACGAAGUUGACCAACACAAAUAAGCUAGAGUAAGCUUGCAAGCAUUCAAUAAUUUUGCUAGAGGGCUACAACUCACAAACCAGCUGCUGACGAUGGUGUAACAAUAAUCUUAUUUAAUUUAGAAAAAAAAAAUGUUUAGAAAUCAACACGAGAGACAAGUGCUUCAAACUUCAAACUAGGUUGGGUUGAGUUUCCUGUUAGCAAAUUUUUGAACCAACAAAACUCUGAAGGAAAAAAAACACAGAAACAAACCACACUACCAUAAAACACUUAACAAAUAAUUAAUUAAACAAACAAAAAAACAUACAAGGAUACUAGGCAUCAUAAAAAGGAGUUAAAUGUAAUAAAAAAUUGUACAUGUGGUUUAUACAUACAAUUUACUUGGUAAUGAGAAGGCACACUCCUCAGUCGUUGUGUUUCGCUCUUCGGUAGUUUAAUUUUUUUUUCGUGUUCAGUUUUGUUUCAAAUCUUCUUUCUUUCGGUGUUGUGUACCAUAUUAUGUAUAGAAGAAAGAAAUGUGUUCCCUCUACAAAGAUUGGUCGUGUUAAAAUGGAAACUCUUCAAGCAAGACUAAUCCUUGUUAGUCCCAUUUAAGAGGAUUUGUCUCACCUAAUCUUCAAAUUGGGAUUAAAAAUGUCCAGAAAGCCGACCGAAGGUUGAUUGUUGAGUGUCCUGCUGUUUUUUCCCUAGACCACGGAUGACGAGUGUAUGUGCUGAAUACCUUAUUUUAAGUUUAAGCAGCAGCAAGUUGUAUGAUGUUCAUUUUUUUUCGCGCAUUACGAGUAUUGAUAAAAUCACCUCUAUUAAGUAGCUACUGUAAUUAUACCUAUUAAAUUUAUUGUAAUCUAUUAAAUUCAAUUGCACCAUUAUAAUGAAAAACUCUUUAGCAACGCGGCGGUGUGAAAAAAAUAAGCGAAUCAAAAAGCAAAGAAAAACAAAACAGUUGAAACAAUGAGAAAGGGCAAAAUUAUAUCGAUAAGUCACAUUUAAACCGCAAUUAAGAGGAAAAAAUUAAACAAAACAAAUCUGUAAUUACUGUAGCGUGUAACAAAUUUAACGAUUUAUUCAAACAACCAACCAGAUGUAAAAACCAACCAACAUUGAAGUAAAAAGAAAAAAAAUAAUGCUAACCGCUGGAUGCAAAUUAUAGAAAUCGAAAAACAAAAAAAGGAAGAAAAAUUGUACACAUUCAUUCAUUAUUUAAGAGAUAAAAGAAAGAAGAACGUAUUCAUAGGCAUAUUGUUGUUUGUGGUGUUGUUCGAGAAAGACGAUGAAAACAAACAAACAAUAGACAACAAGAAACAAAGCAAAAUAACAAACAGUUGAAAUAAAACACAAAGCAAAUGAUGAUUGACGACCGGAUGUGUAACAAGCAGCAAAUGUAAAACAAACAGCAACAAAACUAUGUACUACAGCUGGCAAACAAUGGAGCGGAAGCGAGGAGCGAAUUUUAUGCAUUAAAGAUUUCUUAACGGAUGAAAAAAAACAAAGUAAUUUUUACUGUG